AUGUUGAGGACGAUGGCACAGAGCAAGUUCCCGAUCUCCCCCGAAAAGCUCAUCGCCAUGGCGAAGGAGAUCCUAGGUAGCGAAUUUGGAACUAAGCAGGGGGCGAAGGCUGACUGCCUGGCAGAGGAUUUCCAGUUCGUGGCACCCAUCAUAGGCCCGCUUGGGAAAGAGGAGUUCAUGAAGGCUUUCGGGUCUUUCAAGAUCAAGGAGGCCGUGCCAGAUUUGGCAGACAAUAGCUGGUUUCAGGUAGACCCUCUGGAGCCAAAUCGAGUUUGGUUCUUUGCCCGUGCCACAGGCACUCACACUGGCACGCUGAACUUUGCUCGCCCGAUCCCUCCCACAAACAAGCGCAUUGAGGCUCCCCCGCAGGCACAGUCUAUGCUCUUCAAUGAGCAGGGACAGUGCUACACUCUGACCGUAGGCUAUUGCAUGGAUAAGCGCAUCGGGAAUACUGAAGGCUUGGGCGGAGUCUUUGGCAUUUUAAAGGCAUUUGGACAUGGACUGCCUUUCCCCGAGGGACAGCGCUUGUACACUCCUUCCUUGCGCUUUGAAGCAUUCGAGCGCGUUGCCAAAUUUGCCGAAGCUUUGGGUUUCGGCCCGAAUGCCCGACCGUCUCCGAGGGAGUGA